UUUGCGCCCCUGUUUUCAGGACCCCAGCAUCUAGCGCUGAGGCUCUUUUUCCCAAAAUGACCUUUUAGAGAAAGAUGUGGGAGGACACACUCCUAGCUGUGAACGUGACCCGUGGUCCAGGGAGGAGACAGCCACGCCUCUAUGAACAUCUGGCUUAGUUCUAUAUGUUUCUAGAAGCAGGCAGUUUGACAACAUUCAUUAAAUGAAUUCAAAUGGAAAGUUUUUUUUUUUUUCUUCUUUGAGUUGUGCCCUGGGGAUCACAGAAGAUCGUGAAACCCCUGAGCCCUCCAGGACCUGGUCACAGACACACUCCAAAGCAGGGGCUGGACAGAGGAGCCCCCAGGAUUGGACCCAGAUGGAGUGCGGGCCAGGAGACAGUGAGGGUUAGUGGCUGCAGGAGUUGGGCUUGGGGGCCUUCAGUGCCUGCAUGCACAUUUUUUGCCCUGAAAUGCCCUCUGUGCUUCUUUCAUCAUCAUCAAGAAAGACCCACUGAUCAUUGACAAUUGGCUUAAGGAUGAUAUCUUCAUCCUGGCCAAGGAGGCCUCAGAUGCAGAAAGUACCUCUCUCAGGUGGGAAGGGGACCGAGGUUCCUACCUCUGUGUCACUCUUGGAGCUUCAAAGCCCAGCCUUGGCCCUGCUUCCUGUGUGGUCUUGGGCAGUUACCUUGGCCUCUCUGAGCCAUGUAAGAAGUCUGAGCCCAGUGAGCUAAUGUGUAGGCAAGGGACUGAGGAACCCGAUGGCUUGUAGCUAGAUUCCUGCUCCAUGGAAUUCCUGCUCCUGCUUCAUUCAUUCAUUCCACAGUGGUUUCUUGAGCACCACUGUGUAUCAGGCUUUGGGAACACAGCCAUGAGUUGGACAGGCCACACACGUAUCCACUUGGAGCCCCCAGUCAGCAGGGACAUCAACCACAUGAGUGGUCAGUGCUGAGCAUUAUCCCUGUAGUUCCUGGGUAGCAUCUGGGGGUGGGGUAUAACAGAGUGACUUCUUCUCCAUUCCUGAUGAAGAACCAGCAGGGUGCAGUGUGGGGCACUCGCUUCCCUGGUGCCGGGAGCCUCGCUCCAGCAUCUGAUUGUGAUGUGAUAAAGGCUGUGACUGAAGAGGGGCGGCUGUUGGGGCCCCUCCCCAGCCGAGGAUCAGGCAGCCAGGAGAGAGAGGGGCAGAGCAAGUCAGCUUUGGUAACCCCACCCCAUUCCCCAGACCUCUACCAUCUUGGGAAACAGGAGCCCAGAGGUUUAGGAAGAUGCUGACUUAACUGGUCAGGGCACCCCAGUCUGGCUGACAUGGCUGAAACGCACACUCCAUAUUAUUCCUUGAAGAAAAUGUUUUCUUUCUUCAAUGGUGUUACUGCUCUCUCUGGCAUGAUCCUCAUUGGUCUGAGCAUCUAUGUGAAUUUCAGAGGGGCUGUCCUGACCAAGGUCCUUGGGCUGUCCUCAGCAUACCUGUUUCAUGUUGGCUACCUGUGCCUGGUGAUGGGCAGCGUCAUGGUGUUGCUUGGCUUCGCCAGGCGGCAGGGAGCAGCCAAGGAAAGCAGAGGCACCCUCUUGUCUUGUUUCUUGGUCACGGUCAUCAUUCUUAUUGUGGAAAUCACGGCUGCCACGGUGGCCUUUGCCUUCUUCCAGAUUGUUCGAGAAGUGGCCUUGGAGCACAACUUCGUGUCCCUGAGGAAGAAUUACAGAGGUUACGAGGAGCGAGAUGACUACUCCAUGCGAUGGAAUUUGGUCAUGGAGGAGCUCAAGUGCUGUGGAGUGAAGAACUACACAGAUUUUUCUGGCUCCUCCUUUGAAAGGGCGACAGGUCACACCUACCCCCGGAGCUGCUGUAAAUCCCUGGGGACCGUGGAUUGCAAUGGACGCAAUGUAUCUGCAGACGUCAUCCACCAGGAGGGUUGUUUCCCUAAGCUCCUGAAAAUAACCAAGACUCAGAGCACCAAUCUGAGUGGGGGCUGUCUGGGGGCAGCAGUGAUGCAGCUGCCAGGAACUCUUGCCACCUUGCUGUUGUUCAUCAAGCUGGGCUGACAGACAUGCGGAGAACAGGACUGCUGAGCCCCACUGGCUGCUGGAAGGAGAUGUGGUCUCAAUCUGUCUCUCUGUGGCACCCCCUGCGUCUGGAAAGGAGAUUGAUAAUAAAAGAUUCCGGAAAUCCUCGUCAUCUUGA